AGAGAGAGAGAGAGAGAGAGAGCGAGAGGAGGAAAGUUGCUUACUGUUCCUCGCCAGUGCCAAAGAAGCGUUGGUGCCGGAAGCAUCUGUGAUCGAGCCACAGGCAGACACACGUCAGUGAACCAUAUCCUCGCUUCAAGCAACUCACUGUAUCCAGGCAAAGACUGCAUUUCUGCACGAGGAGAAAAGUGAAGACACCGAGAUUGAUGACUAAUCGAGACAAAGACGUGAGACAAAAUGGGAUGGAUAAGUUCUUGGAAAUCAUCGGAGGUUUUGGAAAGUACCAGAAGAGGACGUUCCUCCUCCUUUCCCUCCCGACGGUGGUGGUAUCCAUGCAGAAAUUGGCGUGGGUGUUCCUUGCGCCCAAGGUGGAUCACAGGUGCCGCAUGUGGUGGGAGGAGGAGAACGCCACCUACCCGAUGGAUGACGAACUAAAGAAGCUGUCCUACCCGUGGGAUGACCAGAAGAAAGCCUAUGAUCAGUGCCAUUAUUACAGUAAUGUCACGAUGGAGCCCGCGGAGCGAGCCAACAACAGCGAAAUGCUAUCAUGCGGCAUGAACCAAGUGUACGACACCUCGCAGUUCAGGACGAGUGCUGUGAUUGACUACGGGCUGGUGUGUGACAGGGCGUGGCUCCGAGCGACAGUACAGAGCACUUACAUGAUUGGCAUGCUGCUGGGCUCCUACAUACUGGGUGACAUCUCAGACAGAGUUGGCCGGAAGCCAGUUUUCCUGAUCUCCCUGUUGGUGAUGGUGGUUGUGGGCAUCGGACAAGUAGUCAUUCCUCACUAUGCCGCGCUCAUUGUCCUCCGUCUGCUGCUUGGUGCCUCGCUACAGGGGAUCUUCCUCGUUGCUUACGUCAUGUCAAUGGAGAUGGUGGGGAAGAGAAGCCGCACGGUGGUAGGAGUGGUUGCACAUGGUUUCUACUCCGUUGGUUUCUUUAUCGCCGCCCUGAUGGCCUGGCUCAUCACUUCCUGGCACUGGCUUCAAGUGGCCAUGACCUUGCCAGCCCUUCUCUUCAUCCCCUACUACUGGAUAAUCCCAGAGUCUGCUCGAUGGCUCAUCACAAAGAGACGACCUGAGGAAGCCAAGGUCAUCAUGGAGAGGAUAGCCAAGGUCAACAACAAGCAGGUAGGAGAGAGUGAGUUGGAGGAAGCGGUAAACUGCCCCAGUAAUGAGGAAAAGGAAGUCAAAGGGACUUUCCUGGAUCUCUUCCGCUUCCCCAGGUUGCGCCUCAGGACUCUCAACAUUUUCUUCAACUGGAUGGUCAACAGUGGUGUCUAUUAUGGCUUGUCCCUCAACACUAGUAAUCUGGGAGGCAACCCUUACCUUAACUUUGUAAUCAGUGGGGCAGUGGAGCUACCAGGUCUUGCUCUUGCCACUAUACUUCUGGAUCGAGUGGGUCGUCGCAUCCCUUUGUCUGCCUUCCUUGGCUUGGGUGGUCUGUGUCUUGUGUCUACUAUAUUCAUUCCCAAGGAGAUGUCUUGGCUACUGAUCACACUGGCAAUGAGUGGCAAAUUGUGCAUUACUGCUUCCUAUGCCAUCAUCUAUACACUAUCAGCAGAGGUGUUCCCUACUGUGGUGCGCAAUGUUGGCAUGGGCUCCUCCUCUAUGGUGGCACGUAUUGGAGGUGCCCUGGCUCCCUACAUCAAUAUGAUGGAUGACAUAUGGGGUCCACUACCAAUGGUCAUCUUUGGAUCACUCGCUGGCAUGGCAAGUCUCCUCACUCUCCAGCUGCCUGAGACUCGAUCCCGCCAACUCCCUGAAACCCUGAAGGAUGGGGAGAACUUUGGCAGAAAUUCAGAAGUAUAUAAAGAUAAGUUGGAUGAAGAGCCUUUCAAGAACUGCGAAGAGGUUGACAUUAAUUUGGAAGUCUAGAUCAUUCACAGAAAUAACCAAGGAAGGUAAGGUGUUACAGUAUGACUGUAGUUAGAACAUAAAGCAUUGCCAAUAGUUCUUACAUACAGUAUAGAAAUGUGACUUAAUUGAGGUUCAAGUUAUGUGUAUGUAAUGAUCUAAACAUGGAAACUUUCUACUCCCAUUCAGGGAGGAAAUGUACCUAUCAGCAACAUUCUGGGCUUUCAUGUGGAGUCCCAGGUUUAAUCCUGCCAAGAUGCCUUUCUCCUGAAGCUCUGAUUUAUUUGAGUUUCCAGAAUAAUUGUUCAGUAUUUCAAUGUACUAAGUGUGUUCUGGUUGUGCCCUAGUUUGACGCAAUACAAAUGAAAAUGCACUAGUUUAAGGUGAAACAUGUAGGUAAAUGUUAAUUAAUUCAGAUAGGCAAGUAUUAUGAUGAUUGUCAUUGUUGAAGUUCUGAAUCUCCUAAGUACAUAAGGAAGGAUUGGAAUAAUGUAUAAGGCAUGUGAUUAUUUUGUGCAUAUUGACAGUAGAUCUCUUGUUUUCAAUCUUGAGUUUUUGUGAUGACUCCUGGUGCAGCUUGUUGAUAUCUUUUGUGAGAAUAUAAAGUUUGAUUAUAAUUAAAUGUCGCUUAGUUUAAUUUUUUACAGAAAAUUUUGUAAGAUUUGACAUUUUCUUCAAAGGAUCUGGAGUAUGUAGGACAAAAACAGAGAUGUCCUCUUUAGGCAAGGACAAUUGUUCGUUGACUUAUGCUCAGUUAAAAGAAGAGUUGCAUUAUUUAAUAAAUCAUGCUAACUAA